GAAGAGUGUGAGUGGUGGAGUGAAACUCUCAGGAACACAAACACAGCAGCAGCGGCUGGACUGAAUGUCCACAGCGGCGAGAGCGGCGGCGGCGGGGACCUGCGACUCCACUGCUGUCAGCCAGCCGUCCAAACUCGAUUUCACAAUGGAUCACAUGUUCACAAUAUCUGAUGAGUCAGAUGCAUCUGAAGAGCUAGGAGACUCAGACCAGCCAGAGGUCAGUAAGACAGCUGAGCCAUCGCGGUCUGGGCAGCACAUCACUGUUCCGGAGAAACUCAGAGUAGAGCCCAGGCAAAGGAAUUUUUCUAUGAAUGAAGAGGCUCUGCAGGAGUCUGGUGCUGGGAGACACGAAGAUGGAGCUGGAGAUGGAGAUUCAUUCCGACGCCGCAGCCGCUCAGCUCCCCCUUCUCUGUGGGCAGCCAAGAAAUAUGGCCGACAGCUGAGGAAGAUGAGUGACGAGUUUGACAAGGGGCUAGAGCAAGGGAUGAAGAGGGUGAGGAGUGCCGGAGCAGCCCGCCAGAUGCAAAACUCCCCCAGCUGGUUUGCCUUUCUUUGGAGUCACAAGGAAUCAGACUCUGAGGCGAGCAGCAGCCGUCCAGCAGAAUGAACAAUCAUUGGACGAAAGGAUGGAAUGAUUGGACGGUUUGUAUGGUAGCAUAUGUGCUGGAAAAUGCAAGAGGAUCUGAUCACCAGUGGACAGAGGUGAUGGACUGAUGCCCUGUUUUUACUGGAUAGUUCAAAAUCUUCGCCUUAAGGAGCCGAUCUUUCAGAUCAUUCCGAAGUGGCCUUCCUGUGACUCUGACAUUUGCAGUGUCAGAUAUAAUACAGGUGAUCCUUUUAGGAUCUCUUUUUUUUUUCCCAAAACUGUGAGAAAACUUGUGAAAAAGAACAUAAAAAAAUAAUACUAAUGAGAAAUGUUUUAGAUAUGGACUACUUAAUGCUGGACAGUUUCUUUUCGUUACUGUCUUUGUUAUACUUAUCUUUUUUACUGUAAGGCCUUAUCUAAAACAGGUUUUACAUGAUCUUUUUUGAAUGACCUUUUGAAACUGCUUUGUAAGAAUUUUUUUUCUAUGUACUUUAUUUUUAAUAGUGUAUGUUUUUGUUGUCUUUUUAUCUUCACAUGAUUUUAAUGUUAAGGGGAGGGGCCUUAUACUUAAGUGAUUCUACGUAAAAAUCAAAAUACUAAUAAAAUAUAAAAAAAAUUAUUAAACUG